CCAACAUUAACCACAACCUCACAGAAACUCGACAAGUAUGCCUAAUAUGGGAGGUUUUUCUCCACAUUUUAUUUUUGGACUUCUGUCUCUUCUCCUUCAUACUAACCUUUUACUGGCUUAUUCACUAAAAAACUGCAGCAUUAGUUAUAGGGAGAAUCCCUCGGAUGAUGUGUCUUUGGACUGUUCAAGCAAGAAACUUGUGGCCAUUCCUGAUGACAUCCCCAAAAAUGCUGUUUCCGUACUACUCUUUAACAAUCUGCUUGAGAGGAUUAACAAAGGUUUCAGUGGCAUGUCAAAGCUGAGAAAUCUGAGUCUGUAUUCAAAUCACAUCACUCAUGUGGAUGAUGGAUCUUUUAUUGAUUUGGUGGCAUUGGAAACUCUCCGCAUGAGCAUGAACAAGCUCACAAAUCUGACAUGUAAUAUGUUUCAGGGCCUGUCCAACCUUACCCUGCUUGACUUAAGCGAUAAUGAGAUCAAGUUCAUUCAUAUCUCAGCCUUCCAGUUUCUGACUAGUUUACAGAUUCUGGAUUUAGGUUCUAAUAAGCUCCAAGAAGUCACUGAGAUUCAGCCUGUCCUACAGCUCCCACAAAUACAGUGCCUUCACAUUAAUUCAAAUAAAUUUUCAUCCUUUCAGACCAAAAACCUGCUGCUGAAUUCUUCCUCCAAUCUAAGAGUUUUAGAUAUUUCUAGUAAUGAGCUGGAAAGGUUCAGCAUCACGACACCAAUUUUUCCUUACCUUCAGAGGAUACAACUUUCCCAAACCGGACAAGGACCUGGAAUGAAAUGGAACAUACCUGACAAGAGUUUCCUGAGGAAUAUCACACAGUUGUAUCUUAAUAACCCUAUGCUUUCCUUUAAAGAUAUCCAAAAAGUCCUGUGGAGUCUCGACUCACUGAUGCAUCUAAGACUUAAUUACAUGACCAGGUGGUUUAACAAAGGACUAUUUGCCACAGUAUGCAAAAUGCCAACAUUGAGGAGGCUGGAACUGUUUUACAACCAUCUUGGUAACUUGACUCUUCAACUUUCACCAUGCUCUGACCUAAGAGAGCUUGAUCUGUCACUUACUACCAUUACUGAACUACCAAAAGGUUCAAUACAAUCAAUGAAGAAACUGCAUGCCCUGAGUCUGGAGAGCAACCUGCUCACCAAGGUUCCUGAUGACAUUAGGACCCUUGCCUCCCUUGAGAUCUUGAGCAUGAUGGACAAUCUCAUCUCUGACUUGACCUGUGAGGAUUUUGUGAACACAACAAAUCUUACAAAGCUUUCUCUGAACACUAACCACAUUGCCAAACUGAAUAGAUGUGCCUUUGAAAAUCUUACUAAUCUGAAGAUUUUAGACCUGAGUAACAAUCUGUUGUGGAGAUUGGAUGGCACUUUUAAAACUACCCUGCAAAAGUUGGAGGUAUUGGAUAUAAGCCAAAACUCUAUAGCCAUUCUACAAGGGGGGGAUUUUCAAGGUUUACAGUCCUUAAAACUUCUGAAUGUGAAAUCAGAUCAUGUUACAAGGGUGAAACGUAGAACAUUUAAAGGGUUGCAUAACAUGGAAAGUCUUAUUGUAUCUCUUCCACUUGAGUAUGAACCCAGCUUCAAUGGACUACACCAUUUGAAAGAUCUUACGAUCCACUUUAAAUUUACAGACACUUUCAGAAGUUCGAGUCUGAAUGAUGUAGUUGAUUAUAUACCCUUCAAAUCAUUGAACCGUUUCACAGUAAUCUGCAGUGGUUAUCACUAUGGCUUCCCUCUUGAUGUACCAAUAGGAAUGCUCCAUGAUAUGCAACAUUUGGAGGACUUUACAGCUGUGAAUGUCUACCUUCAAGCUCCUGAAUGUGACACAUUUCAGUAUAACUACCAACUCAAAAGUCUGACAUUUGCACAAACUGAUUUGUCAGAUUUGGGUCCUGAACUUUUUCAAACAAUUCCAAACCUGCAGGUUCUAAAUCUUACUCAGUGUAAACUCAAGUCUUUGGAUUUUCUGGUUCAGGCUAAUCUCACUGCACUCAAAUAUCUGAAACUGAGCUACAACGAAAUUACAAUAAUCAAUGAGACCGCCUUCCAGUUUCUCCCAUCUUUAACAUACUUGGACCUAAACAAUAACCCAUUUACCUGUGAUUGCUCCAAUGCUGGCUUCAUUCAGUGGGUAAAGAAAAAUAGUCAAACAUACGUCGUAAAUGCUCAUCAAUAUACGUGUUCUUUUCCUGUGGCUUUACAAGGAAGCAUGUUACUAGACAUUGACGUCCAAUCCUGUUGGAUGGUUGAUAGUUUCCUCUACUUCAUUUCCAGCACUUGUCUAGUUGUUCUGACUCUUAUGACAUCCUUUUUCUACCAAUUCCUGCGGUGGCAGCUGGUUUACGCUUUCCACCUCCUCCUAGCCUUUCUCUACGACAGCAGAAAGAAAAAGAAAGUAAAUCGCCAUCAGUUUGAUGCCUUUGUUUCCUACAACAUCCAUGAUGAGGAAUGGGUUUUUCAAGAGAUGCUUCCCGUGCUGGAGGGAGAACAGGGCUGGAGACUCUGUCUGCACCACAGAGACUUCCAACCAGGUAAACCCAUCAUAGAGAACAUCACAGAUGCCAUCUACGGCAGCAGGAAAACCAUUUGUGUGAUCAGUCGGCACUACCUGCAGAGCGAGUGGUGCUCCAGAGAGAUCCAGAUGGCCAGUUUCCGUCUGUUUGAUGAGAAAAAGGACGUUUUGAUCCUCCUGUUUUUGGAGGAGAUCCCUUCUCAUCAGCUUGCUCCACAUUUCCGCAUGAGAAAGCUGAUAAAGAAACGUAGCUACCUGAGCUGGCCUCAGGCUGCACAACACCCAGGGCUCUUCUGGCAGAACGUCCAGAGAGCUCUGCAAACGGAGGACACACUCAACGAGAACACAGACCCGCUGACUGGAGAGAGAGGAUGCUGAGGAAACUAAUGUAUCCUAUGAGUUAACUGAAAGAUUCAUUAUAAAGACAACCCUUUUAUAAGCAGAAAUGCUCACAUGAGUGGAAAAGAAAUGAAGAACAGAAAAUUUUAAGGAGGAGAAAAAGGAAAUAAAUGUUAUGUAAAAAAAGGUGUUGGGGGCUAUGAUUGAAUUUGAAACACCUAAAAUAAGUGUACACCAAGUGUACACCAAUGGAUGUGUGUGUGUAUAUAUAUAUAUAUAUAUAUAUAUAUAUACACAUACUUAGGUUGGAAGUAACAGAAAUAUCAAUUCAUUUACAUUAUGUCAUUAACUGCAUAAAUUUAUUUUUGCUUCAUUUUAUUAUCUGUUGCAAUUUAUGAACCUCAUUUUAUAUGGAAGUUGAUGAUGUUCAUGUGACGUCUAGCUCAAAAUCUGUUCACAUCAGCAGCUACAAUAUAAAAGAGAAGAUAAAUAAUACUACUUUAUUUAACUGGAGUAAAAAUUGUCAACACUGCAAUUUGUUAAAGAGAAAAAUGUUAUUGGUCUUUUUUUGUUUUAAUCUCACAAAUAAUCCAACUUAUGCCUGGAAAAUUGUGGCAAGUUGCAUUUGGUAUAAUUUAAAAAUUGUGGGUGAUAAUGUAACUAACAUAAAAAAAUUUAGUUUUCUUUCUAUAUUUUAAUUCCACGGAUAUUCAUUAUUCACAUAUUUGUUAUAAUGUAAAACAGCUAAUUAACUGGAAAUGAAUAGAGAAAUAGAGUAAUAAAAGUGUAUUUUAAAAUGUGAUUUAUCCAUAUUUACAGUGAUGUAAAAUUACUGUAGGUUUGAAUGAUCUGUUUUUAUAGAGUUACAAGGAUUAUACAUGCAUCAGUUUUUGUUUUUUAUUUUCUUUUCAUUUAUGUAUAAUGUCCACAAUUUUGAACCCUUAUUCAAAAGCUGUUUUCUACAUGCCUGGCUGAGGAUGGUAUACUUCUAUAUUAGUCUCUUCAAUGUACAUUUGUGAACCAUCCAAUACAUUGCCACAAUAAAUAGAUAUACAUAAAUUCCUUGUAAUUACCAAGUUUGCCUCAAUGAUAAACAAGAAAAGAAAAAGACACAGCAAUAUUUUUAUAGCAUAUUUAUGUUCAUGUGAUAAAUAUUAUUUUAAAAAUAUUAAAAUAGAUAAAGAUACAUUAAAUUAAUAAAAGUAAAACAGGAUUUAGAAAUUUAGAACUAAAAAAACAUCACUGUACAUGUUUGUAAAAGUGAAAUACUGUAUGUGAAAAAUGUGGCAUUGCCUUUUCUUUAAAUUUAUGCAUGAAAAGAUUAAUUGUAUAAAUAAUUUUUAAUUGUGAUAGGCCAGAUAGCUGCAUUGAUUUUUUUCCAUUCAUUUUUAAUAUUAUUUUAUUUUAUUAUAUAUAUAUAUAUAUAUUUUUUUUUUACCAGAUGGAUUGUACCAUAUAGUUAUAAAAAAAAGGGUGUUGUGAGAAACUGUAUGCUUGAAGUGAAAGAAAGAUGGCUUUGUAUAUAAUGCUUUAGCAUGGUUUGAAUAAUGGGGAGCUGAGGGGAGCUCGGCUCCCCUGAAAACCAAAUGAGCUCCCAUGAAAGCAUUCAUCGGAGACUCAGAGAGGGAGCUCUACUCCACUUUCAGGUUAUAUUUAAUUUUUCCAUAAGUUUCCUGUUGUUUCUUAAACAAUGUAAGAAUGAAUAUUAUUUGCUCAUAUCUAUGUUUUUGUGUGAAUCAUAUGUUGUCCCAGUACCGGUGACACAGUAUUUUUCCAUCAACUGAGUGGGGGUCAGCAGUCUGAGAGAUGGAUCUGUUGUUGUAAUCAGCAGCUAAACAGCUGCAGGAGUGAACUAGCUAGAACCAGAUAAAACCAGAGUUGGGAUCAGAGAGCAUGUGAGAAAUGAACAGAGAGAAGAGGAAAUCCCACCCAUGUUGACCAGAGUGUAUAAAAGACUUUGUUACUUCUGCCUCGUGGUCCACUUGGGCUAGUGUGGAGAACACUUAAGUCCAUCUGGGCCUGGUACCAAACAAAAGUUUUGCAUGAUAUAAAUAAAUUGUUACCUUUAGGAAUAAUAUUUUGUCUUGAUUUUUUCUGUUGCAGCCAAGUAACAGACAAAUGAUUCUUUCAAAUAGAAUAGUAUAAAUUUUAAGUGUUGUGUGUUUAUUCAUUUAAAGCGUUAAAUAUUCUGAAUGAUUGGGGCUCAAAUGGUAAAUCGGGUCAUCCAAUGACUGGAAGGUUGGAGGUUAAAAUCCUGCUCCCCGAGUCAAUCUAUCAUUUUGUCCUUGAGCAUCGCCAGUUUAUCAAUGUGGUUGAUUGUUCUGUGGUGGUGGGAGAGGCCGUUUGAGCAAAUUAGCUGCCAUGUUUCCGUCAGUCUACCUCAGGGCAACUGUGGCAACACAUGGUGCGUCACCAUGUGUAAAUGAGGAGUGGACGAAUAAUGAAUACAGCGUGAAGCACUUUGGGUGCUUUGAAAAGCGCUAUGUAAAUCUAAUCCAAUAUUAUUAAAAAAAAAAAAACUGAAUAAUGCAGGUGAUCCAUUCCUUGUCUUUUCACCUGUUGGACACCAGCAUUGUUUCUUUGUUUUUGUACUGUGAGCUAGGGCUGGGCGGAUUGAUUCAAAUAUUGAUAUUAUCAAAACCAAGGCGAGUAUCAGUAUCAAUCGCUAACCAGCAGGAUGAUGUCAAUAUUUUUCUUUCAGAUGUCUUUGGGGGCAAAAA